CUACCAUUGUGAAGUGGUGGGUGAUGCACUGAUAGCCUGUCUACCAUUGUGAAGUGGUGGGUGAUGCACUGAUAGCCUGUCUACCAUUGUGAAGUGGUGGGUGAUGCACUGAUAGCCUGUCUACCAUUUUUUUUCCCCGGUCAAUUUGGCCGGCAACUAUUUUAUCUGCAUAAAAAAAGAAGGCCAAAAGCAGAGGAUUACCAGCUAAUGGAAACCCUGGUAGAGACCCUACUGAGUAUUUCCCAGCACACGUUAGCUGAGACAACUUUUAUACCUUUCUACAAGCCAAUAUGUAUCCCAUGUACUGUCUAUUACAGUAUAUUGCAUUGGGCGUUAGAGGGGGCGGAGAACGUCGUGCUGCUGGCCACCUCCAGUCAGUCAGUGGGAUGUCCAGUUCGGACGUGCUAGCCAGUCCCAGUGGUGUGGACGUGUCCUCUUCUCCCAAAUCACCACUGGCUAAAACCCAACAACCUGACAAGGACUCUAAACCAGUAACCAAACAGAACCCUGUCCCUGCCUCCCCUCCCCUCCAUGGUCUGAAGCUGGCUCCCCACAGGGAGCUGGAGCAGGCACAGCAGAGGGGCAGGCUGAAGUGUUCUAGCUGCGGAGGCUCCCGGAUGUUCUUCUGCUACACCUGCUGCUCUUUAGUGGGCGUCAGCCAGCAGGAAAUCCCCUCUGUCAAGCUCCCUAUAAAGAUUGACAUCAUCAAGCAUCCCAGUGAGGUUGAUGGGAAGAGCACAGCCAUACACGCCAAGAUCCUUGCCCCCGAUGAUGUCACCAUCUACACCUACCCCUGCAUACCUGAGUAUGAAGAUGACACAGACAAAGUAGUGCUGGUGUUCCCUGGUCCUGGAUCAGUCUCAGUGGAGGAGAUGACAUGGAGAUUACAGAACCUGGCUGUCAUGAAGUCAGCUGCCUCCCCAGAUGAGGAACCGUCCCCAAAGAGGCCCAGAGCCGAGGAGACGCCAGGGGCCAAACAGCAGGCUGAGGGACACACAUCAGGAGCCACACACACAGAAGAGAGGGGAGGGGAAGCAGGGAUAGAGGGCCAGACUGAGACACCAGGGGCCUGUCCCCUCCAGAGAGUGGUGUUCAUCGACAGCACAUGGAACCAGACCACCAGAAUCAUCACAGAUGAGAGACUACAGGCGUUGCUCCGUGUGGAGCUGAAGACCAGGAAGACGUGUUUCUGGCGCCAUCAGAAAGGUUCUCCAGACACCUACCUGGCAACCAUAGAGGCUGUCUACUACUUCCUCAAGGACUACCAGGAGCUGUGUCUGAGACAGGAGUACACAGGACAGUACGACAACCUGAUGUACUUCUACUGUUACCUACACACACUGAUCAACAAGGCUAAGACAACCGCUGGGAGACGCUGAGGCUGCAGGGAGGAGAGAGAGGCCAAAACUACCGCUGAGAGACGCAGAGACUGCAGAUAGGAGAGAGAGGCCAAAACUACCGCUGAGAGACGCAGAGACUGCAGAUAGGAGAGAGAGAGGCCAAAACUACCGCUGAGAGACGCAGAGACUGCAGAUAGGAGAGAGAGGCCAAAACUACCGCUGAGAGACGCAGAGACUGCAGAUAGGAGAGAGAGGCCAAAACUACCGCUGAGAGACGCAGAGACUGCAGAUAGGAGAGAGAGAGGCCAAAACUACUGCUGGGAGACGCAGAGACUGCAGAUAGGCGAGAGAGGCCAAAACUACCGCUGGGAGACACAGAGACUGCAGAUAGGAGAGAGAGGCCAAAACUACCGCUGAGAGACACAGAGGCUGCAGAUAGGAGAGAGAGGCCAAAACUACCGCUGAGAGACACAGAGGCUGCAGAUAGGAGAGAGAGGCCAAAACUACCGCUGAGAGACACAGAGGCUGCAGAUAGGAGAGAGAGGCCAAAACUACCGCUGGGAGACACAGAGGCUGCAGAUAGGAGAGAGCGGACAAAACUACCGCUGAGAGACGCAGAGACUGCAGAUAAGAGAGAGAGACCAAAACUACCGCUGAGAGACACAGAGGCUGCAGAUAGGAGAGAGGCCAAAACUACCGCUGAGAGACACAGAGGCUGCAGAUAGGAGAGAGAGGCCAAAACUACCGCUGGGAGACAAGGAGGCUGCAGAUAGGAGAGAGAGGCCAAAACUACCGCUGAGAGACACAGAGGCUGCAGAUAGGAGAGAGCGGACAAAACUACCGCUGAGAGACGCAGAGACUGCAGAUAAGAGAGAGAGACCAAAACUACCGCUGAGAGACACAGAGGCUGCAGAUAGGAGAGAGAGGCCAAAACUACCGCUUGGGGGACGCAGAGACUGCAGAUAGGAGAGAGGAUCUACCUACACACACAAUCACCACCAAGGCCUCCAAAAAUAGCUGACAAACUGUCUUACUAACCAGUUUUCCAUCCAGCCUUUUUAUGCGAGUAAAGUACGUCACUCACCUGCCAGUCAGGUAGCUUUGUCAUCUUAGUUUUGCUCUUGCAAUUUGAGAUUUUUUUGUUUUGGAAUUCAUCAAAAGAUUUGGUGCGCUCCCCAUAGAGAUAUAAUCGACAAACAAACAAAAUACGCUAUACAAGGCAGUGGCGACCCAUCAUUCAGAGCAAGUGGCUUGUCUGUCUCCCCCUUAUGCCGUAGCUUGUACAUCUCCAUUGUCAGUAGAAACCACAUUUAAGCAAGUCAGCCAUAUCAGCCAUGUUUUUUUAAAGGCAGUAAAUGAGGCUGAAAGAAGUGUUUCGCUGCCAGACCAGGCUCAGCUGUUAGCCAAGUGUAGCUGGUUCUGGGACUGCUGUUGGGACAGCUUUAUGUCGGCCCUAACAGGUUGUGGGCACCAUUUGUCACCGUUAUAGUGCUAUUAAUGUAUUGUUUAGUGACUUUGCUGGCAAGCAUCCCACUUUCUUUCUUUUAUUACAUUGUUUUGCCCCACCAAGAUUUACAUGCUAAAAUCACCACUGAGACAAGGUAGGAUCAUUUUGUGUCUAAAAUCACCACUGAGACAAGGUAGGAUCAUUUUGUGUCUAAAAUCACCACUGAGACAAGGUAGGAUCAUUUUGUGUCUAAAAUCACCACUGAGACAAGGUAGGAUCAUUUUGUGUCUAAAAUCACCACUGAGACAAGGUAGGAUCUUUUUGUGUCUAAAAUCACAAGGUAGGAUAUUUUUGUGUCUAAAAUCACCACUGAGACAAGGUAGGAUCAUUUUGUGUCUAAAAUCACCACUGAGACAAGGUAGGAUCUUUUUGUGUCUAAAAUCACCACUGAGACAAGGUAGGAUCAUUUUGUGUCUAAAAUCACCACUGAGACAAGGUAGGAUCAUUUUGUGUCUAAAAUCACCACUGAGACAAGGUAGGAUCAUUUUGUGUCUAAAAUCACCACUGAGACAAGGUAGGAUCAUUUUGUGUCUAAAAUCACCACUGAGACAAGGUAGGAUCAUUUUGUGUCUAAAAUCACCACUGAGACAAGGUAGGAUCUUUUUGUGUCUAAAAUCACCACUGAAACAAGGUAGGAUCUUUUUGUGUCUAAAAUCACCACUGAGACAAGGUAGGAUCUUUUUGUGUCUAAAAUCACCACUGAGACAAGGUAGGAUAUUUUUGUCUAAAAUGCAAGACAUGGCGGUAGAAAUGCGUUUGUGCACUAAUAUUGAGAUAAACAUAUAUUGAAGUAAAUUUAAGUCACACAAUGACAUUUUGUGUGGUCCUCCCACUACGAUUUAGGCUACAGAUGAAAUAUGUUAACUUUACAGGGUGGUGAAGGUACAAGGUGAUGGGCUUGAUGUGCCUUUCCAAUAAAUAUCCAGGGUCUUAUUCUGGUGACAUGAUGA